CUGUGGGGGAGCCUGCGGGGAACUGUAGGCUGGCGGGCUGAUGGGAUGGCGGAUGAGGAGGAAGACCCUGCUUUUGAGGAAGAAAAUGAAGAAAUUGGAGGAGGUGCAGAAGGUGGACAGGGUAAAAGAAAGAGACUUUUUUCUAAAGAAUUGAGAUGUAUGAUGUAUGGUUUCGGAGAUGACCAGAAUCCUUAUACUGAGUCAGUAGAUAUUCUUGAAGACCUUGUCAUAGAAUUCAUUACUGAAAUGACUCACAAGGCAAUGUCAAUUGGAAGACAAGGUCGAGUACAAGUUGAAGAUAUCGUCUUCUUGAUUCGAAAGGACCCCAGGAAGUUUGCUAGGGUUAAAGACUUGCUUACUAUGAAUGAAGAAUUGAAACGGGCUAGAAAAGCAUUUGAUGAAGCAAACUAUGGAUCUUGACAUUUUUUGUAGUUUCUGAAACUCCAUUAUAUUCUAGUGAAACCAUAUGUAAUAAUUGUUAUAUUUUCUGCAGUAAUGUCCUGAUAUCUACCUAUGUAAAUGAAAGAUAGAGAAACAGAGUUUUUUUGCCUUUAUUUUCAUGCCUUUGGUUUUAUAUUGAUAUUGGAUUAAUUGCCUGCCUUUAUAUGACAUACUUGAAUUACUUAUUGAGUUUUAAUGACCACACAUAAGUCAAAGUAUCUUUCAAACCAGGCAGUUCUAUUAACAAAGGUUGAGAUAUUAAUAGUUGUGUUAAAUGUAUUUGUGCCAUUGUAAGCUAUACUGUAGCUAUUUAAUAUGUGAAAUCUUUGGCAUCUUUGACUAUGAUAGGUGAAAUGUGCUUUAUGUAUUCUGAAGUUUUUAUAUAAAAGUAGUAUGAGAGAUUAUUAUAGUGAACUUUUUUUUUAUUUUUAUCUUAUGUUUAUUUUCAUUUUUUUGAGACAGAGUUUCACUUUAUCACUCUGGCAUCAUAUCUCUCAGAACCGCAGAUUUCAGGGCUCAAGUGAUUCUCUUGUCUCAGCCUCCGGAGUAGCUGGAAGUA